UUAUUUUUCUAAUAAACGGUUUUUGUUUAAGCAACAGCUACAUCGAUUUCUCUCACCUCUCUCUGGCGAGAAGGCUCGCAAUCUCGCCGGAGAAUCUGUUUCUCGCCGGAAACUUCAUUGAUUCCAACGGGACAUUUCGCACCUCCACGGAGCCUGAAGCGAGACACAGUUUAAAGUGGGAGAGAAUGAUGAAUGUAUAGGGAAAUAAUAAUAAUAAUAAUAAGAAAAAAGAAUGGACAAGUAGGAAGGAGAUGGUGGUUAACGUGCAAUGCAGGGAAAAGAGAAUCAAGCUAGGGUUUGAGGAUCUUACACGGCACAGAUGCCAAGAUGAUAGCUUCUGCAUUCAAUUUUCCUUGCCUUAUGGCGUAAUUUAUUCCAUAUCUCUGUGUGUCAACUCUGUUUAAAUUCCUCCCUCGCCUAUGUCCUCCUCGUCUCUCGCCGUCCUGAAAUUGACUAAUUUUGCUUUUUAAUAAGAGUUUCCAUUGCCGGAGAGGAGAGAGAUUUUGGAUUCUAUUAAUAAAGUUGCAUGCAGCAUUAGGCCGGUCAUAGAUGGAAUUAAUCUGAAUAAUAUUUUUUUUUCUGGGUUAAUAGAUUUUUAGGUAUCAAUCAUCAUGCCAUUCGAAACAAUGGAUCUUCCGGGUUUGUCCUCGUCAUCAUUUUUCUCUGAGGAUGCAUCAUUUCCUAGUGAGAAGCAGGUUGGCUUUUGGAAGUUGGAGACCAUGCCUGAUCACCAUGCCAUUGGAAAAUCAAUUGCAAUGUCUCCCAUGGAAAAUCUUGGAGCUCUGGAAUGUCAGUCGGCAAAAUCACUCGAACUUCAUCAGUCUUUACUAAUGCAGGAUCAGAAAUUGAAUCAUAGCCUAGCUAGGCAUGUAGUGGGAACAGAGAGAGCAAUGACUCAGUCCACGACUUUGUUGAAACCUCUGGUCCAUGACCCAGCAACAAGAUCCGUACAGCCAACAUCUUGUUCUUCUGAAGGUGGAAAAGUUGACAUGAUGGCAACUCAAUAUGAGAAUAGUCUCUUUUCAAGCUCAUUAUCAGAAUUAUUUAGUAGAAAGUUGAGGUUAUCCUCAAACAAUGUUCCAUAUGGCCAUUCCGUAGAUAUUGUUGCCUCACAUUUUGAAGAAGAAGAUCCUUUUCAAUCCCUUGAAGAAAUUGAGGCCCAAACUAUUGGAAACCUUCUCCCUAGUGAUGAUGACUUGUUUAGUGGAAUGACUGAUAAACUGGAGAAUAUCCACCAAUCCACUGGUGGUGAUGAUAUGGAAGAGUUGGACUUUUUUAGCAGUGUUGGAGGACUGGAUUUGGGAGACGAUGGUUCUGCAGCACAAAAUAAUAUUGAAUGUCCUGGCGGAGUUUCUAAUGGUCAGCCAGGUUUUAGUAAUGGUUCAAUCGCUGGAGAACACCCUUAUGGUGAGCAUCCCUCUAGAACACUUUUUGUCAGAAAUAUAAAUAGCAAUGCUGAAGAUUCCGAGUUAAAAGCACUAUUUGAGCAAUAUGGAGAUAUCCGCACUCUUUAUACAUCCUGCAAGCAUCGUGGUUUUGUUAUGAUCUCGUAUUAUGAUAUUAGGGCUGCAAGAAAUGCAAUGAAAGCGCUGCAGGAUAGACCACUAAGGCGCCGAAAACUUGACAUUCAUUACUCAAUCCCAAAGGACAACCCCUCGGAAAAAGAUAUUAAUCAGGGGACUCUGGUUGUUUUCAACCUAGAUUCUUCCAUUUCAAAUGACGAACUUCGUCAGAUUUUUGGUGUGUAUGGAGAAAUUAAGGAGAUUCGAGAAACCCCACACAGAAGUCAUCACAAAUUUAUUGAAUUCUAUGAUAUUAGAGCUGCAGAAUCUGCUCUUCGCGCAUUGAACAGGAGUGAUAUUGCAGGGAAGCGAAUUAAGCUUGAGCCAAGCCGUCCUGGGGGUGCAAGACGUUUGUUGCAACAGAUUCCUCCUGACUUGGAACAGGAUGAGAGUGGGCAUCCUGCACAGCAGAGUAGCCCUCCCAACAAAUCAGUUGCUGGAUUCCCUGGAGUACUUCCACAUCGGGCAAUAAUUUCCAAUGGCAUUGAUAAUGGGACUAUCUUGGGAUUACCAUCUCCAACACAAGCCCCAUUUCUGGAAUCAGAAUUUCAUCAUGGAAUUUCAUCUAGUGUUCCGAACAGCUUGUCCUCUUUUUUGAGAGUCGACUCAACCGGCAAUCAAACUGGCGUUGCUGAACCUGGUCACACACAGGGUCAAUUAAAAUUUGAUAUUCAGGGCACACCAAAUUUUCAUCCUCAUUCGCUUCCAGAGUAUCAUGAUGGUUUAAAGAGUGUGGUUCACUCUCCUGUCGGCAUCGUUACAAAUAUGAGUUCAAAGCCACUUGAAAGAAUCGAAAACAGGCAAUUACACAGAAUCAGUCAAAAUGGGCAUUCGAUUGAAUUCAAUGAUGGAGUUUUUGGAUCAGCUAUUAAUGGGAGCUCUUCUCAUCCUGGACAUCAUUUCGCAUGGGGAAACUCCUACCACCAUCCACAGUCUCCAGGCAUGAUGUGGCCAAACUCAUCAUCUUUUGUCAAUGGCAUUUCCAUGUCUCAUUCCUCAGUGCGGCUACAUGGACCUCCUAGAGCGCCACCUCCUGCUCUAACAUCUGUUCUACCUAUAAAUAACCACCAUGUAGGAUCCGCACCAACCAUCAAUUCUUCUCUCUGGGAAAGGCGACAUGCUUAUGCUGGGGAAUCUCCCGAGUCUUCUGGUUUUCAUCCGGGUUCCCUUGGGAGCUUGAGAAUUUCUAAUAACUCACUGCACUCUGCAGAACUCGUCUCUCCUAACAUGUUCCCUCAUGUCCCUGGAAACUAUAUGGACCUGUCAAUUCCCCCAAAAAAUGUAGGACUCCAGCAACACCAUCAAAGGUCAAUUUUUCCUGGGAGAAAUCAAAUGAUAACCAUGACCAGUCCAUUUGAAUCCCCAAAUGAACGUACGAGGAGUCGUAGAAAUGAAGGGAGCAUUAACCAGGCUGACAAGAAACAGUUUGAACUUGAUAUUGAUCGCAUAUUGCGAGGGGAAGACAAUCGGACAACGCUUAUGAUAAAGAACAUUCCUAACAAGUAUACUUCAAAAAUGCUUCUGGCUGCAAUUGACGAACACCAUAAAGGAACUUAUGAUUUCAUUUAUCUGCCAAUUGAUUUCAAGAAUAAAUGCAAUGUGGGGUAUGCAUUCAUCAAUAUGAUUGACCCAAGCCAGAUAAUUCCAUUCUAUCAGGUAUUCAAUGGAAAGAAAUGGGAGAAGUUCAAUAGUGAAAAGGUAGCAUCACUUGCGUAUGCCCGUAUACAAGGAAAAGCUGCCCUCAUUGCACAUUUCCAGAAUUCGAGCUUGAUGAAUGAGGAUAAGCGAUGCCGGCCCAUUCUCUUCAACACUGAUGGUCCCAAUGCUGGUGACCAGGUGCCGUUUCCUAUGGGAGUUAAUGUUCGAACUAGACCUGGGAAACCUAAAAGUGUCACCAACGAGGAGAACCAUCAAGGAAGUUUACCAAAUUUGUCCAACUUGGAGGAUUCUUUGAACGGGGAUGCUUCUUGGGGUUCUGGGAAGGAGUCUGACUGACAGACUGGGCAAGCCACAUUUUUCUUUUCUGUGGGCACUAACCUCUUAGGAUUGAGUAAUUUAAGAUUGGUACCUCUGAACAUCAUUGACUAAAUAUAUAGGGGGCACGGCUGAUUGGAAAGAAAUACAAUUUUUCUGCUUUUGAGAAGCUUCCUGAAAUCCUGUUUCCUCUGGAUUUUCUUAUAGUUCUGGAACUACUAGAAAAGAAGCAUCAGGUGAAAGCUUCAAAGUUUUGUUUGUUCUCGAGUAAAAUACAUAUAAAAUAGAUGUACAGUAGCUGAUGAGCGAUGGAGGAUCAUUUCACUGGGGUUCUGAAGCAUUCUUUCUUAAAAAAAAUUCACUUUUUCUUUUGAUACUGUUUUUGUUUUUUCUUUUUCAUCCCAUUUGUAACUGAUGGGAUACACACACAAGCGAAGGAGUUCUGAAUUGAAUUUUUUUUCUGAAGAGAUGGAACUGAUGAUACCAUGUUCAUUAACUUUUUGGGAAACAUAAAAUUUUCUGUCUAUCCUAAAAAUGCUUUAUUUUGUUUGGAUC